AUGGCCUACUGUGAGGGAGGUGACCUGGCCACUCAGAUCAGCCUGGCGCGCGAUGCUCAGCGGCGUAUCGCAGAGCCGCAGAUCCUGAGAUGGAUGACCCAGGCGCUGCUCGCGCUGAAGUACAUCCACGACAAACACGUGCUUCAUCGAGAUCUCAAAUCUGGAAACUUCUUCUUGUCCAAAGCUGGCAAUUUGAAGAUGGGGGACUUUGGCAUCGCCAAAGUUCUCAGCUCAACACAGGCCAUCGCAAGAACUGCAAUCGGUACUCCGUACUACCUGAGCCCAGAGGUCUGUCAGGAGAAGCCGUAUGCUUGGCCUGCUGACAUUUGGGCUAUGGGGGUUAUCCUCUACGAACUAUGUGCGUUGAAACUUCCUUUUGACGGAGGAUCCAACAUGGUGGUCCUUGUGCAGAGCAUAAUUCGGGGAACGGCUCCGCCACUGCCAGAGGAAUACUCCACGUUCAUUCGUGGACUGUGCACUGAGAUGCUGAACAAAGUCCCUGCCAAACGCCCAACGGCUGGGGCGAUCCUGAGCCGAGGGCCUUUGCAAAGCAUUGUUCAGAGUUUCUUCGAGGAAGCCCGUGCCAAGGCCAGGGAAACGCAGGAGGCGUUGCCCGCGGUGCAGGUUGUGAAAGAGCCGAAGUUGCCCUCAAGCAAAGCGCCGGUUUCUGCAGCCUGCUCAACACAGCUGCUGGAUCAAAUGCUCCAGGAAUCCGACAGUACGGAGGCCUCACAUCAGGAAGCGCCUGCUAUAGGCAUCGCUGGCGGCGACAUGUCUCUGGAGGAUCAGUGCAGUGAGCUCCUUGCAGAGUUGGGUUUGGAUGGCGAUGAUCCACAGGAUACUGCAGGAUCACUCACCCAAGCCGAGCUGGAUCUGCUUUGCAGCAUGCACCCUGUCAGGAUAGGUAGCUGCGGUAGCUCUGUCUUUGCUCUGAAGAUCAUCAGCCAUCUGAGAAUUCGCCGCGUGCGAAUGUGCAACUUUCCACGUAUUGGUUUGCAUUUCGCGUUUCAGAGGCACUCAGAGAGCCUCGUCCAAAAUCAAGCCCCUUUGGAGAUGCAGUGCAGCCUGCUUUCUGACACGGUGGAAGAUCUCUGUGUGAGCUCUGGAGUGUUCUGCGUGCGCCACGAAUCUCAGGGCAAAGAAGAAAAGACAGAAUCUUGCAAUGUGGAGGAGGUCCAGCAGCCGAAAUGGCGCAGGCGUCUCCUAGCGGCAGGCCUUGUAGGCAUGGUGUAA